AUGGCCAGUCAUUAUCAGCACGGCGGAACGGAUCGAUAUACCUACGAGCCUCCCACCAGUAAGACCCGAUACACCCGUCACUGGAUGCAGCAUCUCCGUGACGGCACGGCCUUCAAGGUCACGGAUGAGCGUGAUCGGGUGUACGGAAUCUUUGGCAUGAUUUCCAGUGCCACCAACCGGAUGGAUGUUGAGUACAGAGCAGAUAUCAAACCACAAGAUUUCCCCAUCGACUACUCCAAGAGCGUUUCCGAAGUCUACCAAGACGUGAUCAAGUUUCUCAUCAAUACUGACCGGAAUCUGGACUGCUUGGUAGUGGUCGAGGACCGUCGAACACGUUUCAUGUCCAAAGAUCUGCCAUCAUGGGUGACAGACUGGCGUCAACAUCAGCCGCGAAGCUUGCCAAACCUACCUCCCGACCGGGACAACGAGCUGAGACAGUACGGACAGCCUCCACGACAGGAUCUCGCCGCUGUGGGUCGACUCAUGCUCGAGGGCGUGGUUGAGUUCGAGGUUCUGACGCUGUCCGCAGCCAAAGUUUCCGACUGGUGGGACGUUGAUGGCUUACCGAUAAAACAGGUCGCGGAAUUCGUCCCAAGAGUCCUCCAGCGAACUUGGGCGUUGGACGGCGCUUUAGACACUAUUUGCAGCUCUUAUAUGAAAUGCGCCUCUCACAUGGACAACCCAUGUAGCUCCAAUAUAGGGAAGUUGGGUCCGUGGUACUAUGUGCCCAAAACAGCGAGAAUCGGUGACAUUGUCGUUUCGCUCAGCGGUUCCAGCCAUCGAUUCGUUUUGCGGGAAGCCCGCGCGAUUGCGAGCUUUUCAUCGCCUACAGCACCCUGCUACAAGCUUGUCGGUCUCGCGUUUCCAGCACAAGAGUCGUGGCCGAGUAGACCUACCGGGGUACUGCAGACGUUCAUCCUCAUUUAA